UGCACCUCCAGCCACAAGACAUGUCCUGCUACAGCCCCUGCCUGCCCUGCCGGCCAUGCCAGCCCUGCGGCCCGACCCCGCUGGCCAACAGCUGCAAUGAGCCCUGUGUCAGGCAGUGCCAGGACUCCACCGUCGUCAUCCAGCCCUCCCCCGUGGUGGUGACCCUGCCCGGACCCAUCCUCAGCUCCUUCCCACAGAGCACCGCCGUGGGAUCCUCCACCUCCGCUGCCGUUGGCAGCAUCCUCAGCUCUGAGGGAGUGCCCAUCAGCUCCGGGGGCUUUGGCCUCUCUGGCUUGGGCAGCCGCUUCUGCGGCACCAGGUGCCUCCCCUGCUAAAGCUGAUGGACCUUCCCCAAGGGCCCACAGGAUGGUACCAGAUCAGGGACGGAGCAUUAGCUUGUUGCUUUCUGGGGGUCUGAGCAACCCCAGCACCCCUUGCAGAAGGACGGGUCCAGCCUGGGCUCUCAGAAAGCACGGCCCAUGCCUGCGUUUCUCCUCUUCCACUCUCUCCUUUCCCUCCUGUGUCCUUGUUCUCUUGGGAUCCCCUGGACAGUGAGUCCCACAAAGCCAAGCUGGGGAGGACCUGCUGGCACUGCUCUGUCUGUGGAAUGGGCGGACGAACAAUUGGUGGGAUCUUUACCACAGCCAUGGGACACAGAUUCCUUUCUGGUCCUGGUGUUCCCUGCACUGGGUCUUCCACUGAGAGGAACCUUCUCUCCCUCUUUUGACUCAUUAAAUAUUUCAUGCAUCCC